AUGUCAGACGCAGAAUUCCGCUUUGACUUUGCCCUAGAGACAGUGGCGUCCAGCUGGCAACAAGAGGAUCCAAACGAACCGGGUGAAGAGGACGAACUGAAUGUCUGUGAGUCGAGCGAAACGGUAACUGGUGGCGGUCAUUCGUUUUUCGAGACCCAGACUCGCGGAAACGCAUAUUUCACUGUCACCGAUCCUGUCAAAGUCAAGCAGGAAUGGAUCAAUAGGAGGCGAGCUGUGAAAUCGGACAUCCAACGGGAGGUGAAAAUGUUAGUGUGGAAGAAAAUGCACAAGGAAAAAUAA